CCCCGAUGCCGAGGCAUGGAUAGAGCGGCGCCGCGCGCGGUGGCGAUGGGGGAGAAGAAGGAGGGCCGCGGCGGGGGGGACGUGGCGGCCGCGGACGGGGGCCCCGGGGCCGCGGCCAGCCGGGCGCUGCAGCAGUGCGGGCAGCUCCAGAAGCUCAUCGACAUCUCCAUCGGCAGCCUGCGCGGGCUGCGCACCAAGUGCGCGGUGUCCAACGACCUCACCCAGCAGGAGAUCCGGACCCUGGAGGCAAAGCUGGUCCGGUACAUUUGCAAACAGCAGCAGUGCAAGCUGAGUGUGGCUCCUGGCGAGAGGACCCCAGAGCUCAACAGCUACCCCCGUUUCAGUGACUGGCUGUGUACCUUCAGUGUGAGGCCAGCAGUGGUGCAGGAGAUCCUCAGCGAGCUCACACUGGAUGCCCUGCUGGACAUGAACGAGGUCAAGGUGAAGGAGACGCUUCGGCGCUACGGGGCCAACACCGAGGAGUGUGGCCGCCUGCAGUAUGCACUUGCCUGCCUGCGGAAAGUGACAGGUCUGGGAGGGGAGCACAAAGAAGACUCAGGCUGGAGUUCGUUGGAUGCCCGGCGGGAAAGUGGCUCUGGGUCUUCGGUGGAUACCCCAUCGCCAGCCAGCCUGCCCUGGCCCCCAGGGAGUGCCCAGCUGGGCAGAAUGGGCAGCGGUGCCCAGGGCCCACGCUCCGUGUCCGUGUCAGCUCUGCCCACCUCAGACUCCCUGCCCCCUGGCCCCUGCGAGGGCCUCUCGGACACCUGUAUCCUCCUGCACACCAGUGGUCGACUGACUCCCCGGGCCCUGCACAGCUUCAUCACCCCCCCAACCACACCCCAGCUGCGAAGGCACACCAAGCUGAAGCCUCCGCGGACACCACCCCCGCCCAGCCGCAAGGUCUUUCAGCUGCUGCCCAGCUUCCCCACACUCACCCGGAGCAAGUCCCAUGAGUCACAGUUGGGGAACCGCAUUGAUGAGGUCUCCCCGAUGAGGUUUGAUCUCCCACAUGGAUCCCCACAGAUGGUACGAAGGGAUAUCGGACUGUCAGUGACUCACAGAUUCUCCACGAAGUCUUGGCUGUCACAGGUCUGCCAUGUGUGCCAGAAGAGCAUGAUGUUUGGAGUGAAAUGCAAGCAUUGCAGAUUGAAGUGUCACAACAAGUGUACAAAAGAAGCCCCUGCCUGUCGAAUAUCCUUCCUUCCACAACCUCGGCUUCGGAGGACAGAGUCUGUCCCCUCGGACAUCAACAACCCAGUGGACAGAGCAGCUGAGCCCCAUUUCGGAACCCUCCCCAAAGCACUAACAAAGAAGGAGCAUCCUCCGGCCAUGAACCACUUGGACUCCAGUAGCAACCCAUCCUCUACCACCUCCUCCACACCCUCCUCGCCGGCACCUUUCCCAACAUCGUCCAAUCCAUCCAGUGCAACCACACCCCCCAACCCCUCUCCUGGCCAGCGGGAUAGCAGGUUCAACUUCCCAGCUGCCUACUUCAUUCAUCAUAGACAGCAGUUUAUCUUUCCAGACAUUUCGGCAUUUCCACAGGCAGUGCCAUCCCCUGAUGCGGCGGACAGCACCCGGCUCGACCACCAGCCAAAAACAGAUGUGCUGGAGGAUCACGAAGUGGAGGCUGAGGAGCCAGAGGCUGGCAAGUCAGAGGCAGAGGACGACGAGGACGAGGUAGAUGACUUGCCGAGCUCCCGCCGGCCCUGGCGGGGCCCCAUCUCUCGCAAGGCCAGCCAGACCAGCGUGUACCUGCAGGAGUGGGACAUCCCCUUCGAGCAGGUGGAGCUGGGUGAGCCCAUUGGGCAGGGCCGCUGGGGCCGGGUGCACCGUGGCCGCUGGCAUGGCGAGGUGGCCAUCCGCCUGCUGGAGAUGGACGGUCACAACCAGGACCACCUGAAGCUGUUCAAGAAGGAGGUGAUGAACUAUCGGCAAACGCGACACGAGAACGUGGUGCUCUUCAUGGGGGCUUGCAUGAACCCGCCCCACCUGGCCAUCAUCACCAGCUUCUGCAAGGGGCGGACUUUGCACUCAUUUGUGAGGGACCCCAAGACGUCUCUGGACAUCAACAAGACCAGACAGAUUGCUCAGGAGAUCAUCAAGGGCAUGGGCUAUCUACAUGCCAAAGGUAUUGUGCAUAAAGAUCUCAAAUCCAAGAACGUCUUCUAUGACAAUGGCAAAGUUGUCAUCACCGACUUCGGACUAUUUGGGAUCUCGGGCGUGGUCCGAGAGGGCCGGCGUGAGAACCAGCUGAAGCUGUCGCACGACUGGCUCUGCUACCUGGCCCCGGAGAUCGUACGAGAGAUGACCCCUGGGAAGGACGAGGACCAGCUGCCGUUCUCCAAAGCUGCUGAUGUCUAUGCAUUUGGGACUGUUUGGUAUGAACUGCAAGCAAGAGACUGGCCAUUUAAGAACCAAGCCGCAGAGGCCUUGAUCUGGCAGAUUGGGAGCGGAGAGGGUAUGAAGCGCGUCCUGGCCUCCGUCAGCCUGGGGAAGGAAGUCACUGAGAUCCUCUCUGCCUGCUGGGCUUUCGACCUGCAGGAGAGGCCCAGCUUCACCCUGCUGAUGGACAUGCUGGAAAAACUGCCCAAGCUGAACCGGAGGCUCUCCCACCCUGGGCACUUCUGGAAGUCUGCUGAAUGGUCCUGAUGCCUGCCCGCCCUAGUAUUUGGGGUCCAGUUUCUCUUUUCUUCCUUUUGCACUUGGAGCAGAGCCUUCCUGGCUGCAAGUGAGAAAGUAGCUCAGAUGGGCAAUGACGACAUGCCGUGGGCCAAGGACUCCAAGAUGAACAAGCCCCUGUCCCCUCAGGAGGGUAUGCGGCCAAGUCUUAAAUUCCCUUGGCCAAGUAUGACCAGGAGCAGCUCUGCCAAGGCUGUUGGCUUGUAGUCGUCCUUACUUCUUGCUGGGGUCAGGUCCUCUGUGGAGCUUCUGAAACUGGCCUGCUCCUGAGCUAACAUUACCCUACUUCCGGUCAAGACCAGCGUGGCUGUAACUCAUGUUUUUGUUCCUCUUUGCAGCAUUAACAGCAGCAAAGUUGUACCCCGGUUUGAAAGGUUUGGCUUGGGUGUCCUGGAGUCCAGUAAUCCAAAGAUGUAGCCAGCUGUGCAGUUUUUUCUGCCAAUUUCUUUCUUUCUUAAAUGUGUUUCUGAAGCAUCCAACCAACCACCGUGACAAAAAUGAAAACACUCUUCAAAACAUCAGUCUACCCUAAGUGCUGCAAAUCAGGAGUGUGAGUCCUCGACUCAGACCAUUCAUCCACAAAAACACCCGGGCCGGAGAUGGAGCUGCACCUGCUGUUUCUUAAAGUGACAUUACUGACAACCAGACCUGCCCCAACAGGCAGCGAAUGUUUACAUAUAUGUUUCUGGGGAGUGAGUUUGAUGCUUUACAGUAGGUAAUAAUAAAAAGUGCUCUUCAGAGGCACACUGGCACCACUGGCCAGGAUGGCGGAAGUGGCCUUCCCCUCUGGAGGACCCUGUCGGCAUUGAGGAAAAAGAAAGAAAAGCAUCAUGAUUGUGGCUGUUCUCCAGGGAGCAAGGGAACCAUGAGGUUUGACCUGGACUCUGCUUUGGCCCUAAAGCCCAGCCAUAGAGAAUGUCCCUGUGUUGGGUUCUUGCCCUAUCCUAUCAAAGGGACGCUGUCCCUUUUUCUUCUGUCAGAAGAAACCCUGGCUAGGAACCAAGCUGGAUUAUGAGGGUCAGGAAUUUCCGAGAGUUUGUUUCCCUUUUGACCCCAAUAAUCCAGCCCAUACCUGCUGGAAAAGGAGAGACAGAUAAAAUGCAAAUAGUAUCUAGAUUGAUCCAGGGGUUCGUGGGUUGGUAGCCAGGGUGGAGGUAGCCUCUCACCUGUGGAGAGGUUUCUUUCACACAGCUUCCAGGAAGACACCAAGGAGAUGGCACUCCCGGCUUCAGCUUUUUAGACACGUCCCAGUCCUGGCUGACCUUUGACCCCAGACCUAAGGCCCAGCCCAGCAGCUGUGUAUACCAUGAAAGCUUGCUUGGUGAGGACAAAGGGAAGGGAGAAGUGGCAGGCAGCAGGCCCCUGAGCCCACCCUCCCAGUCACAGGGGUGACCUAGCUCUUUGGAAGCUCUAUCUGUCAUGCCAAGGUUCUGGAACUGCCUGCCCAUUCUCCCCCUGUACUGUUGAAAUGAAAGCCCAUAGCCACUCCUGACUCUUCUGCAGUCCGUGUUCUGAGCUCUUAGCUAAGACAGGAGGCCUAUGCCCCUCCACGCCAUUCAUCUAGACCCACCCAGCCCACCAGUCUUUGAGCCUUCCCAUGAACUAAGUCAGGGCCACCUACCUAUGUGUGUACAUUUGCACCAGAAGGAGGGGUGUGAGUAGGGGAAGUCUGUGAUGUGAGAGCACCCUCCCUAUCUUCAUUAGAAGCUGUCACCCAAAGGGAUAGUACCAAAUGGCAAACAAGCCUUCAGUGGGUGUUACUCACCAUGUUAGGCCUCAAACCAGAACUGACUGAAGGUGACAAGGGUGGAGAUGUGGUUGGAUUCAGACCCAGAAUGCUCUGAGCCAUGCCCUGAGCCAAGAUGGAGGGGCAUGUGGUCCUCUCAUCCCUUUCAUUUAGACCCAUUUAGCAAAGCUCCCAAUCUUCAGAGCCUUCCCUGGAGUCUAGCCAAAAUGUCCUAUGAAGCAAGCCACUACCUAGAAGUUGUAGGGCUGUCUUCCUGUCCCCAGGUCAGGCACCCCUUGGCUGACACACGCUUAGCAGAGCUGUGCAGCCAUGCCGGGUAUCUGGGCUCCCACUGCCCAUCAGCACCCCAGACCUGAGCUCCUUAACCCUUCCUAGUCAGGGUGCUUAGGGAAGAUUGGAGCUGUAAACCAGCUGGAUUCAGCUCCAGGUGGGACUGCUUCUUUCACCUCCUCAUCCCUUGGCCUCCCCAAUGAGUAUCAUGCCGCAGAUCAGUUCAGGAAGCUUUCAUCAAACACCAACGGUGUCUUGUGCAAGUGCAGGGGACUCCGCAACAGGAGCAGCCACAGUCUCUGCCCUUAGAGGAACUGACCCUCUGCCAGGAACCGUGAGGCGGAGGUGAAGGUCUGGGGGUGACAGCCCCUUCAUCUGCAGGACCCUGGACAGCCUCCCAGCUCUUGGCCUACCCCUGCACUGCCUGUCAUUUAAGAGAAAAGUAGUCCCCUUCUCCCACUCAAAGUGACUGUGAAUUGAGGUUGAGAAGACAUGCUUGCCCUUCUGUGUGCUCUUCCCGUCUGUUGUGGAAACACGAAGGACGGCAGAUACUGUGAAUUCAGCCUGCAUGGCCAACUGUGAAGGGGAUGGAGAAGCUGAGAUGGCCUCCUUGGCGAGAGCUCUGGGGAUAGCGGGGGUCCCCACCGGGGUCUGAGAGUGGACCCCAAGCAUUGGUCCUUCAUGGCACGUCCCCAGUCCCUAGCAUCCCCUCCAAAACCCUAGGGCCCUUGUUCCUGCUGCCUUUAGCCACCAGAGGUGCAGUCCCUAGGUCUCUGUCCAACUCAAGGUCUUCAGUCCUAGCAAGCUCCCUGUUGGUCGUGGGCAGUGUAGCAACGUUCGCCUCUCCAUGUCACCAAAUCCAUGCAGGGUGCUGGAGCCCCUCUGCCCUCUUAGUGGCAUUUCUCCUUGUGACUACAGGGGGCAGCCGUGUGUCCUAUAAGCCUGCAUUGCUGUUCCGUGUUGAUUAGGGGGCCGAGUGGAGAUGUAAAUGUGAAGCCGUUUAGAGAGCUUGUGUGAUGCUGCAGUGUUAGCCCGGAUUUCAUUAGUGUGUGUAAAACCAGCGUCUUCCGUGGCCACAGGCACACACUUGCUUUUUUGAAUGUGAUGUAAAAUUUGUACAGUAAAAGUUUUUAUAUUUUCUAUCAACUGCAUUUGUCUUCCAGAAAUGCUAUUAAUUUAAAUUAAAAUGGUUAGUAUUAAUGAACGUGCUGUAUUAGUUUUUUGCCACUGGCAAGAACACAUCUUUUGUGCCAGGCCAGGCCUGGGUGUCUGGAGUUUGUGAAUAAAAGUGUACCAUGA